AUGAAUAAGAAACAUUCAUGUUUACAAGAUUUUGUUGUUUGUCUUGGUGAAAUUAAGUCACCACAAGUAUCUUUAAUAGAUGAUAAAUCAGUGAUUUGGAAAUUAUUACAAUAUUUGCAAAUUCUAUUAAAUGUACAACAUCGUAGACUGGUCUAUGGUUUUUUAACUAAUUUUACAACUAUAACAUUUUUUUAUGUUGAAAAGAAUUUGUGUUCGAAUUCAUAUAAAUACUAUCAAAGUCAAAAUUUGAAAAUGUUUCAUUAUUUAUCUGAAACAUCAUCAUCUAUUGAUAUGAUAACAACAAAUGAACAAUUAAGAAAAGCCUAUUUUAAUAAAGAUACAUGGAAAAUAUUUACAAAGUUUUUAACAAUAAAUAUUGAUUUUUAUGAUUAUAUAGCAUUGAAUAUAAAUCCUCUUGAUGAUUUACUUGGUGAUAGAUAUAACAUAAGAAGAAAAUUAGGAAGAGGUACUAUUAAAAUGGUGUUUUUAUUAGAAAAAAAUGAAGAUAAUUAUUCAAAUGAUGAUUUACAACAUUGUGUAAUGAAAAUUUUAACACAUAGUGCAUAUAUGCCAUACAUGCCAAAUGAAGUCAAAACAAUCCAACAAUUAAAACAAAUGAAUAAUUUAGACAAAUUUAAUUUAUUUUUUGAAGAUCUUCUAUAUGCGUCACCUUCAGGUAACAUUUGUCUAGAGAUUUUUUCUUAACGUUUCCUAGUUAAACGCGAAAAUAUAAAAAAAGAACGUGUGUAUCAGAGGUGGGAUCGGUUGGCAUUUUUGCCAAACCGAACCGACCGUAACCGAAAAAAUCUCUAACCGAACCGAACGUAACCGACCGAAUUUUUUAAAAUUUCUAACCGAACCGACCGUAACCGAAAAAAUCUCUAACCGAACCGAAUAUAACCGACCGAAUUUCAAAAAUUUCGUAAUCGAACCGAGUUUAGAGAAAGCGAAGUUUAGCUUAUGUUAAUUAGGGUAUUAGUGCUUUAUAAAUUAGCAACAACAAAUCUAACAGUAGCAACUAUGAGCAAUCAACAUCUAGAGAAAGUAACGAAGAAAGAUUAUUUAUUGAAUCCUCUUACUGUAUUAUAACUUUCUUACCUCUCACAACAAAUUUAAAAAACAUGUGAGAUAAUACGAGUUACGAACAACAGCUAAUUGGUGUACGAUUACACUCUUUUUUCUUCUUAUGUCUCAAAAAGUCCAUCGAACUCAAAUCAAAAGAUUAUGUCGAUUCUUUCUAACCGAACCGAACGUAACCGACCGAAUUUUUUAAAAUUUCUAACCGAACCGAUCGUAACCGAAAAAAUCCCUAACCGAACCGAAUGUAACCAACCGAAUUUUUUAAAAAUCUCGAAUCGAACCGAUUUCGGUUACGGUCGGUCGGUUCGGUUCGGUUUUUAACCGAACCGGUCCCAUCUCUGCUACCUUACACAAAAUCGAUAAUUUUGAUAAAGUCGAAUUUAGAAAAUAAACUUUUCGUUUUCUACAUACAAUAGAAAUAUGAAGAACAUGUUAUGUCCUUUCGAUCGGCGAAAAUGUUUACUCGUCAAUUCCCUAUCUUUGAAAAAUAUCACCAUAGCUACACAAAUAGUAGACAGUAGAAUCCAAAAUGAAUCCUUAAUUCUUCAUUGAGGAGACAAAGAAGAGAGGCGAACAACGAGAAUAUGGUUUUUUUCUAAACCUUAUCAUAUCUCUUCGUAACAUUCGUAAAAACUAACCACAAAGACUAAAUCAGAGCAGAUCAAAGAGUAUUUAUGUAACAGUGGGAUUUCUUAAACUAAUGAAAAUAUAAUAACUGGUGAUUACUUCUGUAGCAGCUACUUUAUCGAAUCUUUUUCAUGUAGACUUCUGGAAUAUAAAUGUGUGCAUUAUCACCUUUUAGCAGAAAAAUUUUCCUGAGGGUGGGUGUGGGUGUGAGUGUGGGUGUGGGGUGGGGUGUGGGCGUUGGUGGGUGUGGGUGUGUGUAUUGUUGUCCGCUCAUACCUACACCCACACUCACACCCACACCCUCUCUUCUCAUCGCCAUGCGUAACAAGCAUAAAUUGAUCUAGCUGUUUCUCUCAUUAAAUACGUUCUAUGCAAACCGCCCUUAUUUUCGUUGCAUAUGAUGGUAUCGAUCAUAUACAUGUGCAUACUACAUACCUACAUACAACCUUGGAUCUUACGGCCAUGACAUUAAAUAUUCCAUUGGUGGUUGGCCUAG